ACACGGCGCGUCUGACUUUCCGGAAAUGGAGACACGAGGCUAGCCAAACAUUUUCCACCGGCACCUUCUCUCUUUGUCCAUCCAGCUCCUGCCGAAGCAACAUCCACAGCACCACUAUGGCGAAUGUUGCCGACACGAAACUGUACGACAUCCUCGGAGUGUCUCCGUCCGCAACUGAAAAUGAGCUGAAAAAGGCAUACCGGAAACUGGCAAAAGAGUAUCACCCUGACAAGAACCCAAACGCUGGAGAUAAGUUUAAAGAAAUCAGCUUUGCCUAUGAGGUGCUAACUAACCCCGAAAAGAAGGAACUUUAUGACCGCUAUGGAGAACAAGGCUUGCGGGAAGGGGGCGGGGGUGGCCCUGGAAUGGACGACAUCUUCUCCCACAUCUUUGGUGGUGGGCUCUUUGGCUUCAUGGGCGGACAAAGCAGUCGAUCCAGGAACGGAGGUCGGAGGAGAGGAGAGGACAUGGUCCAUCCACUCAAGGUUUCAUUGGAGGACCUUUACAAUGGAAAAACAACUAAACUACAACUUAGCAAGAAUGUACUGUGUAGCACUUGUAAUGGGCAGGGAGGCAAGACGGGCGCUGUACAAAAAUGUACAGCAUGUAGGGGGCGUGGCAUGCGUAUCAUCAUCAGACAGCUGGCCCCCGGUAUGGUCCAACAGAUGCAGUCAGUGUGUACUGAUUGUAAUGGAGAAGGUGAAGUUAUCAGUGAGAAAGACCGCUGUAAAAAAUGUGAGGGGAAGAAAGUCGUGAAGGAGGUGAAGAUUCUGGAGGUGCACGUGGACAAAGGCAUGAAGCAUGGCCAGAAAAUUACUUUUGGAGGGGAAGCUGACCAGGCACCUGGUGUUGAACCUGGAGAUAUAGUUCUUGUCCUGCAGGAAAAGGAGCAUGAGACAUUCAGACGAGAUGGCAAUGACCUCUUCAUGAACCACAAGAUCGGGCUGGUGGAGGCGCUGUGCGGCUUCCAGUUUAUGCUGAAACACUUAGAUGGGAGACAGAUUGUUGUUAAGUACCCUGCUGGCAAAGUCAUUGAACCAGGCUCCGUCAGGGUUGUGCGAGGAGAGGGCAUGCCACAGUACCGAAACCCGUUCGAGAAGGGAGAUCUUUAUGUCAAGUUCGAUGUCCUUCCCGACAACAACUGGAUCAGCCCCGAGAAGCUUGCAGAGCUGGAAGACAUGUUGCCCUCGCGGUCAGAGCCGCCCAUCAUCAGUGGAGACACGGAGGAGGUCGACCUGCAAGAUUACGACGUGAGCCAGGGCUCGUCAUCGGGUAACCGCAGAGAGGCUUACAACGACAGCUCGGACGAAGAGGGCGGCCAUCACGGGCCGGGCGUACAGUGUGCCCACCAGUAAUCUCAUACUUUGACAUACACACACACACACACACACACACACACACCUGACCCAUGAGCUAGAUGGGGAGUAAAUGUAUGAGUUGCAGAUUGAACAAAAGGUAGGUCAGGCUCGGUAGCUCCUCAGACACAGAUACACGAAUUGUUGAUUGUUUAAAAACUUGUGUGCUUGAAUCGUUUUGAUCUUUGUCUGAGGAGCUGACACUGGGGCAGCCAGAGACAGAUCCAGACACUUUAAACAGCAACUUCAGGUAAAAAUUCAUAUAAAAUAUCUUAAGAUGUAACAAAAAAACAAGUGUUUGCCUCAGUGAACACCCUGCCAUGUUAGGACUACGAUCUGGUGUUCAACGUGAACCCACUCGCCUCACCCCACCCACCUCUCUCUCUCUUCCUCUGUCACCCCUGUUAAAAUCCCGUGUCCUGUUAUUGGGAACUCCAGAUCAGCAGUGAAAAGGAAUGUUUCUGUUUGCUGAGUGUGUGUAUGACAUGCAUUUUGUUUCAUAGUAUUACAUUAAUUUAAAAGACUAACCAAUGUGCAUAUAAAGACAAAGCCAGCUGAGCAACGUGACGUGCAGAUCCUCGGACUCAUGCAUUCAUGGACUCAUCUACUCAGCACCAUUUGUAGGAUUUUAUUUUUUUUUUUUUAAUUACAGCUUUAGUUUCUUUCUAGGUUUUACAUGUUUUUUUUGUUUUUUUGGUCUUUACUUUUUAAUUAAAACAGAAAAUUCAUUAUUGUGUAUAUCAUUGGAGUGGUUGUUGGUAAGCUUCAUCAGCUGCUGUAUUUCAAAGCUGUGUGAUUUUUAAAAAAAAAAA